AUGUGUAUUUCUUUUUGUUUUGUAACAGGUCCUGGACCAGCACGUUAUAAGUUGCCGUCCACGGUUGGCAGGGAGAAUGUGGAUUGUACCAAACACUACGCACCUUCUUACUCAUUUGGCCAGAAAACAUGGAAAAUGUAUUCGGACAGCCCUGGCCCAGUGUACAAUUUCGACAGUAAAAUGACGAACCGAGGAUCUGCGGAAGCUCCUUUGUACUCAUUGUCUGGAAGACAUAAGGACUCAAAGAUGUUUGUGACGCCGGGGCCUGGGCAGUACAACACGGAAAGAAUUGUCCCGCCCAUGGAACGACGGGCACCGACCUUCACCAUGUCAACAAGGACACGCUACCGCUCAGCAGACAAUGUCCCCGCCCCUAACCGUUACUCCCUGCCCUGUACCCUCGGGGACAAGGUGCCCCACGUGAAGGGCGGCAUGGCCGUGACCAUGUCCGGCAGACACGAAAUCUACAGCUCGUCUUACGACUUCGCCCGGACACCGGGACCGGCCGGAUAUCCGGCUAUCUCUGCGAACGUAACCAAGUCCAAGAGGCCGGUGUUCACGCUGAAGCCGCGGACAGACAUGCCCAAGUCCAAAAUGAAUAACCCGGGUCCUGGGGCAUACGACCCAGACAAACAGAAGAGAUCCAACUACAAGUUUACCAUGGGUACACGUCACUCUGAGUUCAUUAUGCCUAUGAUUACAAUGACAGACGUACAGGAUUAG